AUGGAACCGUGGGGCAUCUGCUCUGACUGCUACGCACAUUCGGGGUUUCUCGACUCCUGGAACAGCGCAAAAUCCAUCGUGCAAGGAGCGGUUGACGGCGCGAAACAGGCGAACCCGUCUUACAGCAUCGUAUCGACGGGCCACAGCCUGGGCGGUGCUCUAGCCACGCUCGCCGCUGCAGAUUUGAGAAAUUCUGGACACAACAUUGCAUUGUAUACUUACGGCUCUCCCAUGGUCGGUAACGUGGCGUUAGCGACGUUCAUCACGGGUCAAGGAGGAGGCAACUACCGUGUGACACAUGCGAACGACAUCGUGCCCAAAUUGCCCGGGUACCCUCUGGGCUUUGCACAUGUCUCGCCUGAAUAUUGGAUCACCAGCGCUACGUCUACCACCGUCACGGCGAACGACGUCCAAGUCAGUAGCGGCGUCGUCGACCUACAAGGUAACCAAGGCCAGCUUGGUGGGACGGUGUCCGAUCAUUUGUGGUAUUUUAACGCCAUUGCAGCCUGCAGUUGA